GGACGGGGCCGAGCGCGGGGCUGCGCGCUCCGCCGCGGGGAACCCCGGGACGCCGCCGGCCGAGCCAUGACGGACGCCAGCAACAGGAAAGAGGGCUUCAAAAAAUGCCGGAGUGCCACUUUCAGCAUCGAUGGCUACAGCUUCACCAUCGUCGCAAAUGAAGCUGGAGACAAGCCUGCCAGACCACUUGCCCGCUUCUCUCGGUCUAAGUCGCAGAACUGUCUGUGGAACUCCCUCAUUGACGGGCUCACGGGGAAUGCCAAGGAAAAGCCACGGCCAACCAUCGUCCAUGACCCCCGACCACCAGAAGAAAUCUUAGCUGAUGAAUUGCCUCAGCUCGACAGCCCAGAAGCCUUGGUGAAGACAUCCUUCAGGCUACGGUCUUUGGUCAAACAAUUAGAGAGAGGAGAGGCUUCAGUGGUAGAUCUUAAGAAGAAUUUGGAAUAUGCAGCCACGGUACUUGAAUCCGUGUACAUUGAUGAAACCAGGCGACUCCUGGAUACAGAGGAUGAACUCAGUGACAUUCAGUCAGAUGCAGUGCCUUCUGAGGUCCGAGACUGGCUGGCCUCCACCUUCACGAGGCAGAUGGGGAUGAUGCUCAGAAGGAGCGAGGAGAAGCCACGGUUCAAGAGCAUUGUCCAUGCAGUGCAGGCCGGGAUAUUUGUGGAGAGAAUGUAUAGACGGACAUCAAACAUGGUUGGACUGAGCUACCCACCAGCUGUUAUUGAAGCAUUAAAGGAUGUGGACAAGUGGUCCUUUGAUGUCUUUUCCCUCAAUGAAGCCAGCGGGGAUCAUGCACUGAAAUUCAUUUUCUAUGAAUUACUCACACGCUAUGAUCUGAUCAGCCGUUUCAAGAUCCCCAUUUCUGCUCUUGUCUCAUUUGUGGAGGCCCUGGAAGUAGGAUACAGCAAGCAUAAAAAUCCUUACCACAAUUUAAUGCAUGCUGCUGACGUUACACAGACUGUGCAUUACCUCCUUUAUAAGACAGGAGUAGCGAACUGGCUGACGGAGCUGGAGAUCUUUGCUAUAAUCUUCUCAGCUGCCAUCCAUGACUAUGAGCACACCGGAACCACCAACAAUUUCCACAUUCAGACCCGGUCUGACCCUGCUAUUCUGUACAACGAUAGGUCCGUAUUAGAAAAUCACCAUUUAAGUGCAGCUUACCGCCUUCUGCAAGAGGAUGAGGAAAUGAAUAUUUUGAUCAAUCUCUCAAAGGACGACUGGAGGGAGUUUCGGACCUUGGUAAUUGAGAUGGUGAUGGCCACGGAUAUGUCCUGUCACUUCCAACAAAUCAAAGCAAUGAAGACUGCUCUACAGCAGCCAGAAGCAAUUGAAAAGCCAAAAGCAUUAUCCCUGAUGUUGCACACAGCAGACAUUAGCCAUCCAGCAAAAGCAUGGGAGCUCCAUCAUCGCUGGACAAUGUCACUCCUGGAGGAGUUCUUCAGACAGGGUGACAGAGAAGCAGAGCUGGGGCUGCCUUUUUCUCCUCUGUGCGACAGAAAGUCAACGAUGGUUGCUCAGUCGCAAGUGGGUUUUAUUGAUUUCAUCGUGGAACCCACCUUUACUGUGCUCACGGACAUGACCGAAAAGAUCGUGAGUCCUUUAAUUGAUGAAACCUCCCAAACUGGUGGGACAGGACAGAGGCGUUCAAGUUUGAACAGCAUCAGUUCGGCAGAUGCGAAGCGAUCGGGUGUCAAGAGCACUGGCUCAGAAGGAAGUGCGCCCGUCAACAGUUCUGUCAUCCCUGUUGACUAUAAGAGUUUUAAAGCCACGUGGACUGAGGUGGUGCACAUCAAUCGGGAGAGAUGGAGGGCCAAGGUGCCCAAAGAGGAAAAGGCCAAGAAGGAAGCAGAGGAAAAAGCUCGCCUGGCCGCGGAGGAGAAGCAAAAGGAAAUGGAAGCCAAAAGCCAGGCUGAAGAAGGCGCGGCUGGCAAAGCUGAGAAAAAGACAUCUGGAGAAGCUAAGAAUCAAGUCAAUGGAACUCGCACAAACAAAAGCGACAACCCUCGUGGGAAAAAUUCCAAAGCUGAGAAGUCCUCAGGAGAAAAACAACAGAAUGGUGACUUGAAAGAUGGUAAAAAUAAGACCGACAGGAAGGAUCAAUCCAAUGUCGGAAAUGAUUCAAAGAAAACAGAUGAUUCAGAAGAGUAAAACACACCUCACAUACAAUUAAAGAGGCUGCCAUGUCUUGCAUCAUUUUAGCUGAGCUUCUUCAUUCUCCUUCUCCUUCACAAAGACCCAUAUCUGGGGAAGGUGUACAACUUUCAGAAACAAGUCCCCCACACUUGGCCUUGCCUCAUGCCAUCUUCCAAGAGAUGGCUCUCUGGGAGCUGGUGUGAGGUCUAAGAACUCUGGGGAAAUCCUCCCCCAGGCAAAUAAAACAACUCGAGAUUUUUGCACAAACAGAAACAAAACAUGAAGGGACUUCCUCAGAAUUCUUUGCCAAUGCCCUGGCUGGCUUUCAAGGCACCUGUCUGGCCUGGAUGGACAUCCUGGAUAUGCUGAGGGAGGUCUGAAAAAGUCACAUGCACAGUAAUCGCCAUUUUAUUACUGUCGAUGCUGUUACUUUAAAUUGUUAUUUUUGUACUGGCUGCUGAUGGUGGAGACAGCCGUGCUGGCCCUCCAUCACAGCUAAGAUGAUGAUUCCAGUCUCUGGUUGUUCCUUUCCUGAGUCAGGAACAUUCUUUUUCUCCAACUUUCUUUCAUACUUAAAAAUUGUUCUUAUGCUCGUCUUUCCAUUUAUAUAUGAGAUUCUUUUUUUAAAAGAGAUUAUACUAUAGGACUCUUUAUUUGUAAGUACUUUAUUUAUCUUUGCAUUCAUUAAUAUAAACCUGAAUGUUUCAGCUAAUGACCAUACUGUUUAGGUUGGAAACAUAUUGCUUUCAUUGGUUAUCAUCCAUAACUAAGUGCUUACUGAAAUUUUUACCACUGGCUGGCCCUCUUCUUUUGCAUAUUUAUGGUUUCACUUGAUCACUCUUCUUUCUAUUCAGGGAAGUGCUAAGGGAAUUAGUAUCAGGGAAAUAUGUCAGAUAAUUCUUCUCAUUUUAGUGAGUCUUUAAAAAUAUCACACAAGAGACAAUUUAGCACAAAUCAAAAGUAAGAAUCAUGGACAUAGAUAGCAUGGAAAAAGGAUAAAGAUACACUUCCUGAAUCCAGGUCGAAAUGGAAUCCAGUGGAGUAUAAGUGAAGUGUAAUGUUGUGGGUCUAAAUGCUUUGAUUUGGAUAAAACUGAUGCUUAAAAAUGGUUAUGGUUCACAAAGGAAUCUUUGAGUCCUUCCCAAGGGGAAACUCCAUGAACAUACUGGUGAUAGAGUGGGAUUAGUAAUAGGAAGAGAAAGAGCUAGAUGGUAGGCUUAGGCGUAUUCCCCAUUGCAGAUUUAAUUUCUACAUUAAAAACACCAAAACAUUUUAAAAAUCUAUUCCUAAGGCAAAAUGUUGCGAUUUCUUCAGACAGAAAGGAGACCCUGUAUGUAGUCUACAGAGCCUCUUGCCUCUCUGAAAUAUUACCCAACAGAACGAUCUGAAUAGAAUGACAGUUGUGUACUGACAUUUAAACAGAGUUCUUUGGUCAGCUUUACAUUUUGCAUUGUAAUAACACAUAUUUUUCUGUAGUUCCCUCUGCUUUCCUAACAGUGACCACAGUAAAUAAUGUGGUCACAAAUCCAAAGCAGAGGCCUGACAGGUCAAGUAAUUGAGUAAAUCAAGCCAUAUAAUAUGUUCUUGCGAUCAAUGGCAGUUGGCAGUAAGUGAGGCAGUAAGGACAGGAGGGACUGUGAGGAAUUGGAGUCAUUUGUAUGUUGAGGUGUGUGCUGUUGAAAGGGGGCAAUUAUUAGUCAGCUACAGGAUUAGUGUUGCGUAGGAAUGGGGAUCCUAGAUACUUUGGAUUUUGUGUAAACUUUCUCCAAAUUUUCAAAUAUUGGCAAUGAGUUCAGAAAUUUCCAAAGACUAUGUGGGUCCAAAAAAGCAUGCCUGUGACCUGCAUUCAGUCCAUGGGACAUCAGUUUGCAAACUAUGCUCUUUGAGGUGAUAUGGUUUUGUAUAGGACUGAAAUACAACCAACCAGUGCAUGUCCAAUCUUUCAUCUUGGAGCCUUUUACCUCAUUUCUAUUCUGUAUUUUUGUAUGUAGAGCUUUGCAGCCAGUCAAAAUAGAAAGCUUACAAUUUCCUUUUUAUACUCUUAACAAGUAAGAAUAAACAAUAUCUGAGAAAGAAACAGGAAUAUAGCCAUUUUUUCUAGCACCUAUAGAGAUGGAAAUGUUUUUCAUUUGCCUUGAGUCAUUAAUUAGCUAAAAAAGAAUGGGAAGAGAAUUGCUUUCAGUAGAGAAUUCUGCUUGGAAUUUGCUGUGUGGAAAAACAAAGCUCCAUGUAACUCAUUUUUAAAUCCAGAAAAAGUAUUUUGAAGGGACAUUGAGUAAAAAUGCAAAAUUAUUCUACUUUUUAAAAAUAAAAAUAUAUGUAUUAUUGUGGUAUAAAUUGAUACUGGAGUAGAUAAAACAUUGAUAAAACAAGUCAGUAUUUCCAAAGCUCUAGCUCAUUCUCUGUGGUGUUUUUGUUCUCUUGAAACAACUUCCAAAAGAACAGUGAUAAGGGACACACAUUCUUCCAUUGCAUGGAGUACGGCAUCUUAGUGUUAGGCUGUCACGUAGAAAGCAAGGGCUUACACACCUGAAUUGACCAGUGUGUGGAGAAAGCAGUAGGGACAUUUCCACCAUGGACAAAACACAAUUUCUACAUAUCCCUGGGCGGAACACUUUCCAGUGCAGGUGGCCCUAACGUUUGGGUCCCUGUGUCACCAAAUUGUCUACAUCCAGGUUUUGAUGAUGUGGUAUGUUUUGAUGGCAUAAUGAUCCAUCCAUAGGGAGAUCUUUGUUCCAUCCUUUAUUCACUCCAACCUUUCUUAGGUUAUGAGCCCUAAUAACUUAUGGCAGCAGGCAAGAGACUCAUUUCUAACCCAUUAAAUUCAAAUGGAUUUUCUUCCAUUAUCCAUUUCAUUCUUGGAGCUUUUAAAAACUAUUGAAAACAUCUGACAGGAUCCCAUUGAGGACCUGAUAUACAUAAACAGUAAAAUAGUAUCUAAACACCUAAGAGCCAAAGAACAAUGGAGUGUACCUGUUUAUUUCAUUUGCUGAAUUAAAGCCAUUGUAUUAUAUUUUCCACUUGGAACCACGCCUUUAGUAAAUUUGAAAAGCGAAAAGUAAAGAGCAACAUUAUUACAGGACGUGAGACAGAAUGUAGACAAAAAGAUGGAGACCAAUUUUAUAAUCCAUAGUUUGGGAGUAAGAAUACUGGUCUUUUAGUAUCACUUCUGUUAUGGAUCACUUUUGUUUAGAUAGAUAGAUAGAUAGAUAGAUAGAUAGAUAGAUAGAUAGAUAGAAUAUAUAUUUUCUUCUAUUCUUAACCAUUGGGCAGAGACUUAUAUGUUAAAAAUGAUUUCAUAAUGUCCCCCAUGGAGUAUGGGGGAAAACAAGAAAAAAAAAAGCACUAAAUCUUUUUCUCAUAAUGAGAUAGAGAAGAUUCUGAGAUUAAAGCCUAUGUGUGCAGUAUUAUGUCCCAAAUAAAGGGGAUUUAAAGAA